UUAAGGUGCGGGCGGAGCAGGAAACAAAUAAAUCCUUUCAACAAAUAUUAAUUGACCCCAACAAGAUCUAUAAAGUAUAAUAAUGGAGGCAGGGUGCAUAUCAGCAUAUGCAAACAUAUAGAAUUUUGUGUAGUCAUGCUUAUCGGUUCUCACUUUCUGUAAAGUAAUAUUUUUUCCUUCACAAUUUUGCCCUGGAUAGAUAUCAGAUCUCCCUCGUUGUCAUUGACUCACUAUACCUACUGUAACUACAUCUCCAUGAUUUUCUCCGAAUUUUCGUUUUAACUUUGGUUUUGGUCUCAUGGAAGGGGUUCCUAUUCACCGCCAGCAAAAAGCGGAGUGAUCAAGAAGAAUCAGCCAAUUUCCGUUUCGGCUUUCGACACACAUGGUCGACAUGUCUCUGCGAUUUUUUUAAUUCAGUUUAACUUUUAUUUUAUGGGCAUAAAACUCUUAAAUCCUAUUGCAAUUACUAUCUUGACUAGCACCAGCUUUGUCAGUAACCGGUUACUUUCGACAGGCGGCACAUCACCGAAAAUGGGUCCUUACAACCAGCACCUAACUGAGUAAAGAUGUGGGUCUUUUCUCGGAAAAUUGAGCUUUGUAGAAUACCCUGAAAGAGCUCCAUCCACUCGGCUAUUUUGUCUGUUCUGUAACCAUUUUCUUGUGUCAUUUCCUUCUUUUGUUUGGGUCAAUUUUAAUCCUUUUUAAUAGGGAUUUAAGAGCUCUAACUGAAAAGUUCUUCAACCAAAGAAUGGAGGUUGGAGAAAUUGAUAGAAACAAGGUUCAAGGAGAGGUUCCAUGGAUCCCCAACACCCCUUCGAAGCCUAUUCUUCAAAGACCGCCGCCAAUCUAUGCUCCUGGAGAAGGAAUCGAGAUCGGGUCACAUUCUAAUGCGGUAUCUGCAUGUUGUGAAUCCUCAACCAAUGCUGAAAUUGAUACCAGGCAACACCUUCGGCUACCACAUGAGGCUGCAGUAACAAACAUUGCCUGUGACAGUGACAAAACAAGUGCAAGAUUGUCCUUUGACAACAAUUCUGUGUCGGGUAAUAACGGCUUUGCGGAGCUUUUGGCUCAGGCUAAUCCUUCUUCAGCAACCUACAUUGCAGCAUAUGCAGAUUUUCUGAGGAAUCAUUUUGUUCCUAAUUUAAAUACAGAGAUAAACCCGACCUGUGCUUUACUUGGCCAAGGUCAUCUCUCUUAUGAGCAACCCUUGUUCAAUGCUACUCACAAUUGUCAAGAUCCUCGAGGAUCAUCAUUCUUUACUUACUAUCGCCAUAACACUCCUUAUGCUGCCCCACAUGGUCCAGAUAAUGCUGUCAGAACAGAAAACACGCAAUAUGCAGAGACACAACUGCAUAUGGAAAAGAAGGAUCAAGGCAGAGAAGAGAAUAAAGUUUCAGAUGCAGAGCACAACAAUAAUGACAGCCCACAAAACAAAGAACUUUGUGAUCCUUUAAUAGAAUUUGGUGCUGUUUCUACACAAUGCCAAGAGAAUCAGAGCCAGAAUAAGGAAAUAAAUCCCCAUAUUAAUCUGAACAAGACACCACAACAAAAACCAAGAAGAAAGAAGCACCGCCCCAAGGUCAUCAUAGAAGGUAAACCGAGGAGAAACAGUAAAACAAAGACCCCAAAGUCUGAUCAAUCAAAAGACAGCUCAACCAGCAAAAGGAAAUAUGUAAGAAAGAAGGGAUCAAACACAACUUCUACUCCUCAAAUAGAAGUGACGGGAGAAUUGACUAAUCCAUUGAUGCCAGAAUCUGCCAAAAAGACAUGCCGAAGAUCCUUAAAUUUUGACGUAGGAGAUCAACAAAGGCAGAGAAAUUCUAGAUGCAUAGAAGAUACAAACAUAAAUUUAGGCAGAGAAACUGUUGCAGCAACAAAUACUUUGACAAAUGAAGGAAGACAAGCCCUCGGUACACCUCUUUCAGAAAGCAAUUCUUGUUGGGCAAAGCCACAUGCUAACUCGAUAGAGAAUGGCAACAAAAGAAAGGGUCCACAGGAUGAAAACAGAAACAGGGCACAAAUUCUAUCAAGCAGUGACACAAGAAUUUCAACCACAAGUUUACAAGCAGUUGGUUCCAAGAGAAAGCAUACAGGAACCAUUAAGCAUGAGGAUACCAACAGCAUUAAUCUGAUCGGGGUACAAUAUAAUAUGUUGCAGGCACACUACCAAGAGAGUUGGAUUCAAUUUCCAAAUAUUCAGAAGAAAAGGAGAAGUGAAAAGGGGAAAAAUUCCAAUACAUCUUCAGCAAGUGCAACAAAAAUUGUAGAAGUAGCAGUGUGCCCUCAAGAUGCUAGAUCAAGUCCUUACGCCUCAACUUCAAACUUUUGGCCCACUAGUUCUGAAUAUAAUGCAGUAAAAGUCCCAGUCAUGAUUACAGCUACAGAAAGAGUUAUUCAUGAUAAACCCCAGUCAUUCAGAUGCAACUUAUCUUUAUGGCAGAACUAA